AUGGAAGAAAAGUGGUGUUACACAGAAAACAAUGGCAGUGGAGAUAACCUUCAAAAUACUCAAAGGAGGACGGAUUCAGUUUCUAGUUCAUCAAGACGCAUCCACCAGGCUCUCGAAAAUCUUGUGUCUAAUUCAGCAGUCUCUUUGGAUCUGAGUCGAAAAGAUCUACAAUAUCUUACUGCAGAAAUAUACAAAUUAUUUAACCUUAGACAUUUACAUCUGGAAGGAAAUGCCCUUUCUGUAAUUCCUGAAGAUUUUUUUCAGAACCUGCCAAAUCUUACUUGGCUAGAUCUGCGUUAUAAUAGAUUUAAAGAGCUUCCUUCUGGGAUUGGAUGCCACAAGCAGUUGAAAACUCUUCUGUUAGAGAGAAAUCCUAUUAAAAGGUUGCCUGUGGAGCUUGGUAACGUAGCUUCACUUACAGCCUUAAAUCUCAGGCAUUGUCCUUUGGAAUUUCCCCCUCUUGAAGUGAUACAGAAGGGUCUGUCAGUUACUUUAUGCUUCCUCCGAAACAACAGUAAUAAAAAUAAUGACUAUACAGAGCCUGUUACACCAGACUUGCCUUCUCCGCUAGAACAAGAAGCAAAGGCCAUUGUUAGAGAAUACAAGAAAAAAUGUGACAGACCACCUGAUCGUAGGAAAGCUUUCAACGCUUUGUGGAAACAGAUGAGCUUCUUUAAAAUGCCUCCUGUUGAAAAAUUAAACUUGGCAGACUGCAUGAAAUCCAGUUUGGAUUUGUCAGACGGAUGGCCUAAUGAGGAGGAAAUGAUACGAUUUCAGAAGCUAAGGGAUGAACUUAUCCAAGAUGAAAGACAAGACUAUCCUGAAAAUAAAAUAGUAACCAAUGAAUCCAUGCUUACAUUAAGGAGAACCAGGACAAAGGAAAGCAUUUCUCGUAAAUCAUCUGUCCUUUCAUCAAGGGGUCAGAAGAAUCUGUUUCCUGCUGCUUCAUCAUAUGAUUUCAUAAUCCAGCAUAAGAAGGCUGAGGAGUGCAGAUUGGCAGCAUUAAAAGAAAUGAAGGAAAAACAGGCUUUAAUUGAACAGCGGAGAAAAGAUAAAGAAGUCCUUCAGAAAUGGAGAAAACAGGCUAGGAAGAUAAGAGAAAAGAAAGGAAUCUUGUACACAUAUUCAGCCAAAAAAGGAAAUACAAUGGUAUCACAAAAUGCACCUUAUGCUACAGAUAAUAUGAAAUGCAAUGAUAAGUUAGAAGGCUGGGAAGAACCAUCUGACCAGGAUGAACACAUGGAAGCAGCACAAAAUAUAAAUUCAAUGAAAGCAAUUGAUGCCUUCAGAGCUGCAAAAUACAAGGAAGUAGAAAAUCGCAUUAAACAACACACACAAAUAAUGAAAGAGAGAAGAAAAAAGUUAACAGGACUACCCAAAGAAGAUAUGGCAAAAGCAAAGCAAGACUUUGAAACUGCUGAGCAUCUGGAGGAGGAGCUUGCUGAACUGAAAAAGGACCUUCACAAGGAGUACCGUUUCACUGCUUUUACAGGAGAGCAGCUUUCCACAGCAGAUAAUCUGCUACCCACAAAUAUAUUUUCUAAAAUGACGUUUUAAGUACACAGAAGAGUGUUUUUCAUGCAGUGACCUCCCACUACUUGUU